CUUACUGACUAGACAUAAUAAUACCACCGUGACAUUUACAAGGUGGAACCAUUAAAUAAUCCAACCGAGGCCUCAGAAACAUGGCAUUAAGAUAUGUAGAGUAAAGCAAACUUGGAUUAUACUAUUAAAUAAUAAUCAGUUUCUCACAAUGGUUUUAGUGAUGAGAAAUAAUGAGUGAUCAAAAGAAACACAGUGUAAAUUAGAUUUAUAAACAUGGAUUACCAUUGGAUCUUUGCUGCUGUUAUAAUGGCAUUAAAUUUAAACAAAGUUUUUACGCUAGAAUGUUUUGCAUGCCAGAGUGAACUAGAGUGCAAUGAUGGACAAAUGAUGACAAUGGUGUGCGACAAAAAUGAGGUUUGUGGCUCAAUAAGAAACUCCGAUAAUGAUGCGUUUAUUGUGUGGAAGGGUUGCAUUCCCCUAAAGAAGUGUCCAGAAAAAAAUAUUAACAAACUUAUAUGUUGCUCCAAAGCUCUAUGUAACAACGAUGACUCUAACCCUACCCAGAUGUCUAACGCUCACAGAAAUGUUCAAUUAAACUUUGACAGAACUAUGCAAAAUGGGACUUUGAAUCGUUUUUCGAAAACAGAAAAUGAACAACAUGAAGAAUUUGGAAGUGUUACCGAAACGAAACGGAUAAAAAGAGGUGCAAAGUCGAAAGUUAAAUCAUUGUCGAAGGACGAAGAUGACGACAAGAGUAAAGACAAAGAGGACGAGUCUAAAGAUAAAUCGACUGGGGACAAAGACGAUGACAAAGGUAAGGGUAAAGGGGACAAGUCCGAAGAUGAAGGUAAAGAUAAAUCGUCGAAGGACGAAGAUGAUGACAAAAUUAAAGACAAAGGGGACAAGUCUAAAGAUAAAUCGACUGAGCACAAAGGUGACGAAAAAAGUAAAGGUAAAGGGGACAAGUCCGAAGAUAAAUUGUCUAUGGACAAAGAUGAUGAUAAAAGUAAAGACAAAGGGGACAAGUCCGAAGAUAAAUCGUCGAAGGACAAAGAUGACGACAAAAGCAAAGACAAUGGGGAAAAGGCUAAAGAUAAAUCGACCGAGGACAAAGAGGACGACACAAGUGAAGGUAAAGGCGACAAGUCCAAAGAUAAAUCAACCGAGGACAAAGAUGACGACAAGAGUAAAGACAAAGGCGACAAGUCUGAAGAUAAAUCGACCGAGGACAAAGAGGACGACAAAAGUAAAGGUAAAGGGGACAAGUCUAAAGUUAAAUCGACCGAGGAAAAAGAUGACGUCAAAAGUAAAGACAAAGGCGAUAAGUCUGAAGAUAAAUCGACCGAGGACAAAGAGGACGACAAAACUGAAAGUAAAGGGGACAAGUCUGGAGAUAAAUCGUCUAAGGACAAAGAUGUCGACAAAAGUAAAGACAAGGGGGAAAAGGCUAAAGAUAAAUCGACGGAGGACAAAGAUGACGACAAGGGUAAAGGUAAAGGGGACAAGUCGGAAGAUAAAUCGUCUAAGGACAAAGAUGUCGACAAAAGUAAAGACAAGGGGGAAAAGGCUAAAGAUAAAUCGGCGGAGGACGAAGAUGACGACAAGAGUAAAGGUAAAGGGGACAAGUCUGAAGAUGAAUCGUCUAAGGACGAAGAUGACGACAAAGACAAAGGCCACGGGGACAAGUCUAAAGAUAAAUCCAUCGAAGAUGAAGAUGAUGACAAAAGUAUAGGUAAAGGGGACAAGUCAGAAGAUACAUCUACUAAGGUCGAAGAUGACUAUAAAGGUAAAGGAGAAAAGUCUCAAGAUAAAUCGUCUAAGGACGAAGAUGACAACAAAAGUAAAGGUAAAGGGGUAAAGCCUGAUAAAUCGCCUGAAGAUGAAGAUGAUGACAAAAGUAAAGGUAAAGGGGACAAGUCUGAAGAUAAAUCGCCUAAGGACAAAGAUGACGACAAAAGUAAAAGUAAAAAUGUCAAGCCUGAUGAAAAAUCGUCUAAGGACGAGGAUGACGACAAAGGUAAACAUAAAUGGGAUAAGUCUGGAGAUAAAUCGACUGAGGACAAAGAUGAUGACAAAAGUAAAGGUGGCUAUUCUAAAGAUAAAUCCACUGAGGACGAAAACGACGACAAAAGUAAAGGUAAAGGAGACAAAUCUGAGGAUAAAUCAACCAAAGACGACGAUGUUUCCAAAAAAGAAAAUGGAAAGGGCAAAGAAAGUGGUAAAGGUAACCAAGACAAUGCCAAAGACAACUGGGGGGAAUGGGGCAGUUGGAGUGCUUGUACGAGAACAUGUGGCAAAGGAAAGCGGACUCGAACUCGGGAUUGCCCAUCGGUAACUGAAAUAGGAAAAAGUGGAAAGACAAAAGCUAACUGCAAAGGAAAUGACUAUGAAACCGUAAAAUGUGAUUACGGCAAAUGCAAAUUGUUCCGGGGUGAUAGAGAACGAUAUGGAGAAUUCCGUGCCGGAGAGAGAGAUAAUCGACUUGUAGGCUCUGUAAUCAGGACAACUAUGAAAGAAGAUACAAUACAGUGUGCAAUGGAGUGCAUAACACAAGAGGGCUGCAAAUCUUUCAACUUUGAGAAAUCAGGGUCCGAAAAUUCUAAAAAUUCCAAAGACCCAUCAAAAAAGCCCUCAAAGGGCAAAAUCAAAACGGUCAAGACUGCUGGUGAAUCUUAUAAGGUUCACACUUUAAGCGACGAAGUAGUAACUAGCAUAUGUGAACUUAAUUCCAAAAGAUAUGAGGAAGGAGGAAACCUUGUGAAACAAAAUAAUUUUUAUUAUUAUGAGAUACCCAUAAUGUGACGACAUAAUUGUUGAAAAACUAGGUCAUUUUAUUUACCUGUAUAAUGGUCAGUACGUGUUAAAAUGGUCUACUUUAUUCAAGGAGGAAUGUUUUAAUGAAAUUGACCCUAGAGAAAUUUUGAAUCAAACAACAUGGGCGAAUUACAUACCAAAGUAAUCUGUAUAUAGGAUGUAAACUACAUAGUAUUAUAUAUUAUUUUGAAUUUGUAGCUGUAAAAAUCUAUAUAUUUGUUAAAAUAACACUCGAAUAUAUGUAGAUAGGAUAACAUGUUGUCGAUGUCUUCGUAAUUAAUAUUUAUGGAGUAUAAGUUUCUAAACCUGCGUCAGUACUUGAAGCAGAUUUCUAAUUAGUGACGACGGGACUGACAUCAGUCUUUCCAUCGAUUAAAUAUGAUCCAAUGAUUUCCAAAUGUUUAAACAGCCAUCGAACUUGCAUCAUCAACUGACCCGGAUAAACUUUCUUAUGUUCUUUAUGAAUCGGUAAAAAAGCUUGAAAAAUAUAAUACUCAUACAGGUCCAGUAAAGUGUAAAAAUGAAAAAGGUGCUUGCAACAUUUUAUCAUUUUAAGGUUAAGCAUUCACUUGCUUCAUGCAUGUACGUGAGCAAUAUUUCCAACUGUCAUAUUUACAGGGUGGUAUCAACUUUACUGUAUCAACUUCACUGAUUUAAAUGUGCAGCCUUUCCAUACAAUCCUAAAUACUAUUACAUAUAAUGGUACAUAUUUUGAACAUCUUGUCGACUUAUAUUGUACACAAUGUAAAUAUGUUUUAAACAUAAUAAAUUUGAAAAAAUGUUCUUACAUUUACCUUAUGUUUAAUUUCUC